AUGGCCGCCUUCCGCGCCGAGUGGGCCACGCCCGAGUACUGGCUCGCGUUCGCGCCGUCGCUCCACGUGGCGAGCGGGCACAUCCUGAGGCGGGGCCUCGUGCCGUUCUGCACGGACGAGGCGCCCGCGGCGCUGCGCGCCGCGCUCGCCGCGGACGGCUUCUUCCAGCUGGCGCCGCCCGAGGACUGCGGCCUCUUCGACGACGGCGGCGGCUGGGGCGUCGACGUCGCGGCGCUCGGCGACGCCGUCGUCGCGCUCGGCGAGGCCGGCUGGCCGCCGAUCUACGUCCUCGUCUACGACGAGGCCUGGGUGCUCCGGGGCCGCCUCGCGCACACGCUCCGGGGCGCGGCGGACCUCGCCGUGAACUUCGACUUCGCGGCCUUCCACGUCAAGGCCGGCGGCAACGCCCAGACCCUGGCCGCGGGCUGGGCGCCGCACCGCGACCGCGACGACGCCGCGCACGUCGGCGGCGCCGUCGCCGACGGCUUCGCGGCCGACGGCGCACCGCGCUGCGCGACGGCCUGGGUCGCGCUCUCGGACGCGACGCCGGCGACGUCCUGCCUCUACUGCGUGCCCCGGGCCCGCGACCCGGGCUACGCGGCCGGCGACGGCGGCCGGUCGCCGCUCGAGGCCUGCUUCGCGGCGGGGCCCGCGUCGUUCCGCCACGUCCGCGCGCUGCCGGCGCCCAUGGGCGGCGUGCUGGCCUUCUCGCACCGCCUGCUCCACUGGGGCUCGGCGCCGGACGCGGGCGCGCCGCCGCGCGUCGCCGUCGCCUUCGGCGCCGGGAGCGAGACCUCGCCGCUCGCGGCGUCCGCCGCGGCCGCGGGGCGGCCCUUCCGCGACGCGCCGGGGCUCCUCGCGGCGGGCUGCGGCGUCGCGCCGCCGCUCGGCGAGCGCGUCGCCCUCGCCGCGGCCCAGCUGCUCGUCUACGCGCGGAGCGCCGACGCGGGGAUCGCGGCCGACCGGCGGCGGCACUGGGCCUGCUUCGCGCGGUCCGCGGACGCGUUCGACGCCAUGUACGCGCGCCACUGCCGCGCCGAGUUCGACCUGCUCGGGGGCGGGGGGGCUUCCUUCACGCCGAGCAGCCGCCUGCUCUUCUCGCCCGACAUCCCGCACAGCUCGAACAACGCUCUGCAGCCUGUCGGCGACGUGACGUCGUCCUCGAGCGGCCACGCCCUCCGCCGCGGCGUCGCGCUGGCGUGCGCGAUCGUGGCCUGCGUCCUGUACGCGUCCACGCGCCGCUCGCCGUUCUACGGCGCGACGCUGCGGUCGCCGCGGCGCCGGCGCCUGUCGCUCAUCCUCUCGGCGGACCCCGGCGACAUGAUCGGCGGCUUCUCGGAGGCCGCCGUGCUCCUCGACGUCGCCCACGACCUCGAGACCAUCGAUGUCGCGAAGGAGGACCUCUUCUGCCCGACGGCGCACCGGGGCGACGUCGCGGGCCAGCCCGUGUUGAUAGUGACGACCGGCAUCGGCGCGACGCGCGCGGCGCUCUGCCUCGACUCGCUGCUCCGCGUCUACGGGCCCGAGGCCCGCGAGGUGCUCUUCCUGGGCACGGCGGGGGGCUCGCCGGCCGUCGGCGGCAUCCUCGACAGCGACGCCUGCGGCGCCGCGAAUCAAGGCGCCGCGGCCAAGCUCGUGCGUCUCGGCGACGUCUGCGUGAGCCCCUUCGCGACGGACUGGGACUGCCAGCGCUGCUUCUGGGCCGCCGAGCCCUACGCGAAACCCGCGCCGGGCGCGCUGGCCGAGGCGCCCGAGACCGCGCGGUCGCGGAACGCGUGCAGCCUCCACGACCGCUGGGACCUCUUCGGCGACUUCGGCUGCUCCUACUUCACGGAGCCGAGUUUAGCGGAUGAGGUGCUCGCGGCGACGCGGAACCUCGAACACACGCCCCGGGCGCCGCCGGAGCUCCGGGCCUUCGAGGCGGGCUACUGGGCGGCGACGGGCGCGGCGCGCGGCGCGGAGUCGUGGGCGGCCGCGUACGCGCGCGCGGAGAAACGCGACGCCCGGGCCUGGGGCUACGACGUCUGCGGCGAGGCGACGAGCGCGACCUACUGGAACGGCGCGCCCUACGACGAGCUCGCGCGGGGCUACGUCGCGGAAUUGAUGCGGGAGACCGCGGCCGCGUACCCGAACGGCACGAGCCGCGCCGCGUCGUCGAAGCGCGACGUCCUCGCCAUCUCGGCCAUGGAGGGCGCGGGCUGGAUGGCCGUGCUCAAGCUCAGCGAGACCUAUCUGGACUUCGCGCACCUGCCGAGCGCGAACGUCCGCGGCGUCGCCGACUACACGCACGACCCCGUCGUGCGCUACGCCGACGACGUCUGGCUCGAGGACGCGACCUGGGUCUCGCCGGAGGGGCGCGCGAACGCGACGCGCGCGGGCUACGCGUUCGCCAUCACGACGACGUCCACGGCCGUCCUCGCGCUCCUCCAGAGCCGCGGCGACGGCCUCCACGGCGACGCCACGAGCACGGUGACCUUGAGCUCGUCCGCGUCGGAAUCGGCCCGGAACGCGUCGACGGCCGCGCGCACGGACGCCUCGAGCCGCGGCCGCAGCGCCGCCGCCGUGCCCGCGGCCGCCACGGCCGCGGCGCCCGCGGCCGACGGCGCCGCCGCGACCAUCGACGCGACGCUCUCCGCCGUCCGCGCGACGUGCAUGUCCCACUCGAAGAGCCGCGCGCCGUUGGCGCAGGCCGUCGUCGACGAGGCCGUUCCCGCGCCGCCGGCCGUCGAGACGAUCGCCGCGCCGCCGACCGCCGAGGCUCCGCCCGCGCCGCUCGAGGCUCCGCCCGCGCCGCUCGAGGCGCCGCCCGCGCCGCUCGAGGCGCCGCCCGCGCCGCUCGAGGCUCCGCCCGCGCCGCCGCCCGCGGCGGCGCCCGCGGCGUCCUUCCGCGAGCGCUUCGACCGCGGGCUCAGCCUGGAGAAGCGGCGCGAGGCGGCCGCGGCGCCGGCGACGCCGCCGCGGCUCGCGCCGCUGCCGGCGGCGACGUUCUCGCCCGGCGGCGCGGGCGAGACGGCGGUGUCCGCGGUCGUCGCGCGGCCCCUCGGCGCGGUCUCGCCCGUCGACGAGCCGCCGCCGCCGCCGCCGUCGCCGCGCGCGGCCUGGGCGCCGCGGUCGCCCGCGGUCGUCGCGUCGGAGGCCGAGCGGACGAUCCGCGACGCCGUCGCCGCGUCGUCGCCGCACUACCGCCGGACGCACACGCGCGAGGUGCUCGCGAAGAUCCCCGGCCGCCGCCGGCCGCUCCGGGAUUGGACGAACGUGCCGCGCGCGGACGCGGGCAAGCCCCGCGGCACGUCCGUCGUCACCGCGCUCGACUCGGGGUCGCUCGCCGACACGGCGGCCUGGGCCGCGGGCGACUCGCCGCGGUCCAAGGCGCGCCGCCGCUUCGAGGAGGCCGCCGCCGCCGAAGCGGCCGCGGCGGUGGCGGCGGCGCCCACGGAGCCGGCGACGCCCGCGGAGCCGGCGACGCCCGAGCCGGCGGUGCCGGAGGCGGCCGCCGCGGAGGCCGCCGCGACGCCCGAGCCGGCCGCGAAUGUCGAGUCGGCGGUCCCCGAGGAGCCGACGCCGGCGCCCGCGGCGACGCCGGCGCCCGCGGCGACGCCGGAGGCGCCCGCGGCGACGCCGGAGCCCGCGACGACGCCGGCGGAGCUGUCGCGGACGGAGCUGCCCUGGAGCGCGGCGGAGCCGGCGACGCCGACGUCCCCGCCGGCGGACGACCCCUUCGAGCGGCUCUACGACGUCAAGAUCGACGCGACGUACGCGACGCCGGCGGCCGAGCUCGGCCGCGCGAAGGCCCGGCCCGCGUGGCGCCUCGCCGAGGGCGCGCUGUCGCCGCCGCGCGUCGUCGCGGCCCUCGCGCCGACGACGCCCAAGGGGCGGAAGCGCCUCGCGACGAUGUUCGUCGCCCUCGUCGUCCUCGGCGCGACGAACCUCCUCUCGUCCUUUUGGGGCCUCGGCGGCGGCCAGAAGCCGUACGCGCCGGGCACGCCCGUGCGCCUCCGCGGCCGCGCGCUCCAGCGGCCCGUGAGGAAGAACUGA